AAUAAGUAAACCCAAUGAACAUUUUUUGAUGAUCUUUUUUUGAGUGACUCAAGAAACAUUUUUGUGCAUGUGAAAAUCCAUUAGAAAAUAUAACAAGGCAGACAAAAGAAUGAGAGUGCCAGCUUGCAGUCUGCCCCAUGUGGCAUUCACAGUGUCUGAGUUGGCAGCUGUUACCUCUGUGCAAGGCUGGAGUAACAGGAAAGUCAAGGUCAUAGGUCGGCUGCGCGAUUAUGAUCCCACGAACAAGCUUGCUGUUCUCGAGUCUGUGGCCGAACAAGAGGGAGUCUUCCAGAUUAAGGUGAACGUGAUUGCCAUUGAUAUCAGCUGCAUUAGAAACAAUAGUCAAGUUGUGAUUUUCGGAGAACUCGAUGUAUUGGAGAGCACUCCUUAUAUUACUGCUAAGAUAACACGAGAGUGCAGCAACUUGAACAUCCAGCAGAAUUCCUCAGCCGUGGCAAUAGUACAACGUCUUUUCCCGAAUAUCCUCAAGUGAACACCAAGAUUUGAAGAGGACAUCAUCAUAUAAUAUUUGUUUUAAU